UUCCUUAUAUCAAAGUAGGGCCCACCUUCUCUUCCUUCAAAGUUUCAAACUUUCAUACUCAAAAUUCUUACUUUUAUUCGGCGUCAUCGUCGUCUUCGUCUUCUUCUUCUCCAAAACUCAGCUCAUUUUCCCUCCAUUCUUCAUCUAACAUGGUGGUCACCUCACUCUUCUUCUUCUUCUUCCUCUUUCUCUCUCCUCCGUUCACCCUCUCUCUAAACCAAGAGGGUCUCUACCUCCUCCGAGUCAAGCGUGGCCUCUCCGAUCCCGCUCAGUCUCUCUCCUCCUGGAAUGACCGCGACGAUGAUCCCUGUAGCUGGUUCGGUGUCACCUGUGAUAACUCAACUCGUCAAGUUAUCAAGCUCGAACUUCCCAGUUCUCAGCUCGCCGGACCUUUCCCUGUCUUCCUUUGCCGCCUCCAGUUUCUCUCUUCCAUUUCUCUCCCCAAUAACUCUAUCAACUCCUCUCUGCCGAGCGGUAUCUCCGAAUGCCAGAAUCUUCAGACCCUCGUUCUUUCUCAGAACCUCCUUGUGGGUUCCAUCCCCGGCAGUAUGUCCCUCAUCCCUAACCUCCGGCAACUGGACCUUACUGGAAACAACUUCUCCGGUGGAAUUCCGGCAGGCUUUGGCCAGUUUCAGAAACUCGAAACGCUAUAUCUUUCCGGGAAUCUUCUCGACGGAGUUUUACCCAGUUCUCUUGGUAACCUUUCUAGUCUCAGAGAGCUUUUUCUUGCUUAUAAUCCGUUCUCGCCGAGUCAGCUACCGAGUGAAUUUGGUAACAUGAAGAGUCUUGAGAGCUUAUGGCUCUCUGGUUGUAACCUCGUGGGUCAGAUCCCGGCGAGUUUGGGCCGACUGACUCGGCUCAAGAACCUUGACCUUUCCAUGAACAGACUCAGUGGGGCUAUUCCUAGUUCAAUUUCCGAGCUGAGAAGUAUAGAACAGAUUGAGCUUUACAACAAUUCUCUUUCCGGAGAGUUACCUCCGGGAAUGUCGAAAUUGAAGACCCUGCGAAGAUUCGACGUGUCGAUGAAUCAAUUGACUGGGACGAUUCCGAAUGAGUUGUGCGGUUUGCAACUCGAGUCGCUGAACUUGUUUGAUAAUCGUCUUGAAGGGACACUACCAGAGAGUAUAGCUCGGUCCCCGAACUUAUACGAACUCAAAUUAUUCAACAACAAACUCAGCGGCAAGUUGCCCAGUCAACUCGGGAAGAACUCGCCGUUGGAGAGGCUCGAUGUUUCGUACAAUGGGUUUGAUGGAGCAAUCCCAGAAAGCUUGUGCGACCACGGUGUUCUGGAAGACCUUAUUAUGAUAUCCAAUUCAUUUUCCGGGAAAAUUCCUGCGAGUCUGGGAAAGUGCCGGUCCUUAAGCCGAGUGAGAAUUAAUCACAACAAUCUUUCAGGUACUGUUCCUGCACAAUUCUGGGGUCUGCCCCGUGUCUACUUGCUUGACCUUGCUGAUAACUCACUUUCUGGUCCCAUAUCUAGCAAAAUUUCUGGUGCACGCAACAUUUCACUUUUGUUGAUAUCUCAAAACAAGUUUUCUGGGCCCAUACCUAAUGAGCUUGGUUCACUGGACAGUCUUGUUGAAUUAUCUUGUAGCAGUAAUGAGCUAUCGGGUUCUAUUCCAGAAAGUAUGAUUAAGUUGAGCCAAUUGGGAUUGCUUGAUCUUAGUAACAACCAACUAUCUGGUCAAAUUCCGGUUGGAAUUAAAGCUAUGAAGAAGCUCAAUGGGCUUAAUUUAGCCAACAAUAAGCUAUCUGGUCCAAUCCCAAGAGAGAUUGGGAGUGUGUUUGGUCUUAACUAUCUUGAUCUUUCUGGAAAUCUCCUGUCUGGGAAAAUCCCAUUUGAGUUGCAGAAUUUGAAGCUUAAUGUGCUAAACUUGUCGAACAACAGGCUUUCUGGUGUGCUUCCUCCUCUUUAUGCAAAUGAAAACUAUAAAAGUUGUUUUGUGGGCAAUCCAGGCUUGUGUGGUGACAUCCCUGAUCUUUGUUCUCGGGCUGUUGGAAGUAACAAGAUGAAAUACCUUUGGAUUUUACGUUCAAUCUUCAUUCUUGCAGCCAUUGUUUUCCUUGUUGGACUUUUUGGGUUCUAUUGGAAGUACUUGUCCUACAGGAAGAAUAAGGAUACGGUCACUACAGCCAUGUGGAGGUCUUUUCAUAAACUUAAUUUCAACGAGUUUGAUAUAGUCGAGUGCCUAAACGAGGACAGUGUGAUAGGAAGUGGAGCUUCUGGUAAAGUCUACAAAGUGGUGCUUGGCAACGGUGAGAAAGUGGCAGUAAAGAAGCUUUGGGGAGGAGUAAAGAAAGAAGACACUGGCUCUGCUGUACGGGAGAAAGACGAAUUCGAAGCCGAAGUUGAAACGCUUGGAAAGAUCAGGCACAAGAAUAUUGUCAGGCUGUGGUGUUGCUGCAACUCUGAUUAUUGCAAACUUCUGGUUUAUGAAUACAUGCCUAAUGGAAGCUUGGGGGAUUUACUCCAUAGUAGCAAAGGAGCAAUGUUGGAUUGGCCAACAAGGUACAAGAUAGCUCUAGAUGCAGCCGAGGGGCUCUCUUACUUGCAUCACGAUUGUGUACCUCCAAUUGUUCAUAGGGAUGUCAAAUCCAAUAACAUAUUGUUGGAUGAAGAAUUUGGAGCCAAAGUUGCUGAUUUUGGGGUGGCUAAAAUUGUAUGUGGAGUCAGCAAAGAUGUUCUGUCUAUGUCCAUUAUUGCAGGGUCUUGUGGUUAUAUCGCACCAGAAUAUGGCUAUACACUUCGAGUGAAUGAAAAGAGCGACAUUUAUAGCUUUGGAGUGGUGUUACUAGAGCUAGUGACCGGUAGACUCCCAGUUGAUUCAGAGUAUGGAGAUAAAGAUUUGGUUAAAUGGGCCUGCGCUACUUUGGAUAAAAAAGGAUUUAACCAAGUAAUUGACUCCAGACUUGAUGUCAUUACUCACAAGGAAGAAAUUGGCAGAGUACUCCACAUAGCCUUUCUCUGCACCAAUCCACAUCCGGGUAAUCGGCCAUCAAUGCGAAUAGUGGUGAAUAUGCUACAAGAAGCAAGUUCAGAAAACAAAUCCAUGUCUGGUGGGAAAGAUAGUAAGCUUUCCCAUUACUGUUACUUUGACGUAGAUGCCUCAGAUCAAGUUAGCAUAGUCUGAAUCAUGUUCUGUCUUCUACUAGAAAGAAAAUGAGAGGGGUCCACUUCAGAAUUGUAGUCCAAGUGGGAUUAAGAUCACUAGAUUAGAUAGUAAAUUAUUAAGUUCAAGCAAUGCGGCAUUCUAGAUGGUGAUUUCUCUUUUUGCUAGGAAAUUGUAACAAUGCAAUUGUAAGAAAAUUGUCAAAAGUGGAGAUUAAAAAAAAAAUCUGCAUUAAAAACAGCUGUUUUACACAUGUAGUUGGGGAAACAUAGAAUGAUCCGUUUUUAAAUCUGUGUCCCCAUUUGUGAUCUUUUCUUUUAUUUGUCUUCCUAUAUGUGCAAUUAUACAGUAAAAUCAAUGCAAAGAAAAACGUGGGGCACUAGGACAGUGACAGUGACAA